AUGUCCAAGCUGUCCCAGCCCUUGAAGGCGCUCAUCAACUCUCCUCACGCCAGACCCGACACCAUUCCGGCGCCGGCACAGAUCAAAUCCGUAUACGAGAAAAUAGCCCGCGAUGCAUCGUCGAAAGACAUUGCCCUCUCAACAUGGCUGAGCCUUACGACAGCGGCGACCAUGACCAUGAACUCGCCCGAGUCAUUGCUCCAGCUUCAUGGAAUAGUAUCUCGCCUGCAUGCCUCGGAAAGUGUUUAUGCAGCAGAGCUCAUGAGAGAAGUCGGUGUCAAAUGCAUUGGCUUCAAUGGUAUCCCUCGAAGCAUCAAUUGCCUCAAUGCGUUCUACGCAGGCCUCCCAUCUGAUGUGAAGAAGAACUUAUCAACAGUUCCCACUCGAUCCUUGACUCCGGAUAACGUGUCGGGCGUCCUUGACAGGGGUCAAGGUCUUUGGAAAUCAAUUUAUGCUCCUUUGGAUGAAAAGCUCAGAAAUAAGCUUGCUCAGUCCCACCCAGACCUGGCCGUGCAUAUAAUUGAGUGCGGCUACGGGUCUCUGUUUUCUGACAACCCUUCUACUCGUAAACCGGCACAGGUUGGGAGAGUUCUCACUUCGAUUGUUGCAGUUUCCUGUCUGCGGGCCCAAACUGGGACUGGACCCCAGGUUGUCAGUCAUGUAUUUGGGUUGCGAAAGGCCUUCCAGGAUCAGAACGCCCAAUUGGAGAAGGAUGAAUACAUCAAGGGUGCGCAGUGGCUAGCUACUGAUGAGGGAAGCAUCUGGAUGCUGGAAAUUGUGGAUUCAAUUGUCCAGGUUAUUGGAGAAGGCAAAGGAACGACAUUUGCCCCUGGGCUCGGACGGGAAUCAAAGUUGUAA